AUGCAUGGCGAUUUUCACCACCUGCUGCAGGAGCUCAACCGAGAAGACACCAAGGGCUACAAGAACUUCCUCCGCAUCAAACCUGAACUUUUCAGAGAGAUGGUGGACCGGCUUACUCCAAUCCUCGCCAAAAAAGCCACCAGAAUGAGAGAGCCCCUGUCAGUGGGGUUGAAGUUGGCUGUCACCCUCCAAUUCCUGGCAUCCAGCGAUUCAUAUACGAGUCUGCAAUACAGCUUCAGGGUCUCCAAAACCGCCAUCUGUAGAUUCGUACCUAAAGUCUGCCAGGCCAUAAUUGACAUAUACAAACCUGAGGUGCUCAAGUGCCCAAGAACUCCAGAAGAAUGGAAUCAAGUUGCCGAAGGAUUCUCAAAGAGGUGGAACUAUCACAAGUGUGGAGGUGGUCUGGAUGGCAAGCAUGUUCGAGUGAAGAAGCCCUGGCAUGCAGGAUCACUGUUCUUCAAUUACAAGAAGUUCCACAGCAUUGUCCUCAUGGCCGUCGCAGAUGCAAACUACAAGUUCCUGUACGUCGACGUAGGUGCUGAAGGAAGUGCUGGUGAUGGAGGAACUUGGUUCAAGUGCACCCUUCACGAUGCCAUCGCGCAGAAACGAGUGGAAUUUCCAGAGCACAGCUUCCUGCCGAGUGACGACACGCCAAUCCCAUUCCACAUUGUUGCUGAUGAUGCCUUCGCCCUCAAGACCUGGCUUAUGAAACCUUACUCACAUCAAUCCCAGGUAUACGAAGAAAAAAUCUUCAGCUACAGGUUGUCUCGCGCCCGUCGUGUGGUGGAAAAUGCUUUCGACUCCUGCAGUCACGAUUUAGAGUCUUCGGCACUAACAUGCUACAACGACCUGCAGUUGUCAAAAUUGUCACCAUGUGUGGGUGUGUGA